CGUAUUAAAAAAUCAAUAACCAUGAACCAAGAAAACACCUAGAAAAAUUACAUCUCACUUCUUUCAUCACUCCGAUUCCAUUCCAACGCAAAAAAUGGUGGCGAACCCCAAACCCUUAGCCACAGCCGGCGGGACAAUCCGAUCCAGAUUAAGUCAAGCCCUCCGAACCCGCGGCGGCGGAAGCUCCGGCAGAUGGACAAGUCCGGGUCACCAAGACCGACCCAACGGGUACCUCUUCAACCGAACUCCACCUCCGCCGGGUCAAUCUCGCAAAUGGGAAGAUUGGGAAUUACCUUGCUACAUCACCAGUUUCCUCACCAUUGUUAUCCUUGGUGUAGGGCUCAAUGCUAAGCCCGAUCUUACUCUCGAGACUUGGGCCCAUGAGAAAGCCCUUGAACGCCUCCAGGCCGAGCAGAUUGACUCCUCUGAGUAACUUCGAACCCCUUUAAACUAUUCUCUAUUCUUGUUUUAUAAUCGGAUAUUUAGGGUUUUUGUUUUGUUGAUGUAUGUAUGACGGGGUUGUAGUGGAGAAAAAAAAAAAGGGUUUCUGAACUAUUGACCCUUUUUUCAUUAGUUUGUUCAAAGUAUAUUUUGAUAUAUGAUUUGCUUUACUUUCAUGUCUUUUCAGUUGA